AUGCUUGACUAUUCAAAAAUCGUCCACAACAUACUGAGUUUUCCGAUGUAUUGUUCAUCUGGUAGUGUAGUCACUCUGACAGAAUGUGCCUCUAUAGCUAGCGGAUCGAAAUCUGUCAGGUUCUUUUUCAACAAAAAUGAACGUCUCUGCUAUUGGAGCUGUGUUUUUCUCUCGAAUGGCACUUGUAACAAGCUUUGCAUAUCGCCGUGGGGUGCAUAUGAAGUGAAAUGGAAAAAGAAUUCUGCUUUGAAAAAACCAACUAUCGGAUCAUCUGUACACGAAGGCAAUUAUCGUAAUUGGGAUCCUCACUUUGCAACAGAUGGUUUUGUCAAAAAUGGCGGUACACAAAUCUUUCACUCAACUUUCGAACAAUAUCCGUGGAUCUGGAUUGAUUUGUUAGAAACUUUAUCAAUAUCCUUUAUUCGAAUUUAUAACAGAAGAGAUGGCGGAGGGCAAAGAUUUCAUGACGUUGCUGUUGAAGUGACAAAUAACAGCGUUUAUGUACAACGUGGCUUCUACAAAGGACCCGCGGUCACGGGUGAAAUAGUGGACAUCCUUUGUGACUACCCCGCCAUUGCCCGCUACGUACGACUAAGAAUAACGGAAGGAUCUGGAAACAGUCUAAAUAUUCCAGAACUCGAAAUAUAUACCACUUGAUUUAAAACCGUCUGCUUAGAAAUGUAAAUAAAAUUUUAUAUGUUUCACUCUUUAAUAUUUAUUACAAUACAGGAUCGUUGAUGAUUUGUGGUAUAUGAAUUUUUACCCAAAGAUUUGUGUGUACUCUAGUCCCGAGCCUUGUCUAGGACGGAGAAAACACACAUCAAAUUAGUUAACACUUAUAUACAAUCGCAAUCACGAGAAAAUCUUUUACCACAUGUUUUUUCAAAACUUAAUUUUUUUAUAUCAACAUUACAGGUGUUAGCAGCCCAACUAAUGAAAUCACAAAUUUGAAAGACAUUGGUCGAUCGAUAAACUAUUACUUACUAUUAUUGUUUGUUACAAUGGA